AUGUCAGCAUACGAGGGGUUCUGGAUCAACCGGGAUCAGCCCGCUAUCACCGGCUGUGUGCUCACACUAUCGUCGCUGAAAAGUGGGUUCCUGUUAACAUUUCUCGCCCUCUUCGUCAACGCAACCGGUCAGGCAUUCUGGAGAAUCCUCUGCUUCAUUCUGCAUCAACUGCGAUCCACGCCAGGCCCUCACGACGGCGUAUACAUACAGCAACAGGUCAUCCUGCGCAAUGCCGACCUGCCCUUAUCUGCAGUCUGGGACCUCGUCAUCGUCAUGUUCAGCUGGCGCGGCCGUGCUAGACGCUUAUACAGUCGCUCGAUGGCUCUCGUUACCAUCGCUACCGUCAACCUGGCCGUUUGGAAGGCAGCCGGAAUCUUCUCUGCCAAGCUGGCCAUGUCUUCCGACGCAGACAUCCUCCUUCAGAGCCCGCGAUGCGGUCUCCACGCUAUUAAAAUCGACCAAGCCAGACCUGAUCGUCAGCUGAUCAUCAAGCCGAUUCGACUGGCCAGGGAUUACGCGCAGCAAUGUUAUGAGGAUGUCCCUUCUGCUGAGUCGAUCUGCCGAACGUUUGUGUCUAAGAGCCUACCGUGGAAGUCCAGUCCGAAUGCAUCCUGCCCCUUCGCUCGGAAUCUCUGCAUUGGAGGCGAGUCGGCCGCGUUUGAGAUGGACACGGGAAUGCUGGACUCCCACGUCCAUCUGGGACUGAACGCGCCACCAAAGGACCGCAUCUUCUAUCGCAAAAAUGCCACCUGCGCACCGUUAGAUCUAACGAACUACACAGAGAUCCUGAACGGCAGCUACCCAGACCAUAAAACCAUCAACUUCUACCUGCAGGACCCGAGCAUCAGAACACCCACCGUAUCGUACAACAUCUCGCUUUACGGAACAGGCGAUUACUAUCUAACGACCGUCGGCCCUCCCUCCCCCCUCGCCAUCCCCGGCACCAACUUCACGACCCCCCGAACCUGGACCCUCCGUGACGCCCUCCGCCGCGACGACGCCGUCGUCAGCUUCCUCUUCCUGUUCCAAAACAGCGUCUACUACCCCUCCGCCGUCGACGACCCGUUCUUCUCCGCGCACUUCGCCUCCCAAAUCUCCCCAAACAUCACCUAUUACCAAUGGGACCACCCGAUCACCGUCCUGGGGUGUAUUGAACAGCACCAGAUCUGCAACCCCCAAUCCUCCCCAUCAAACCCAAACCCAUCCUCAAACUCCACACAGGAAAAAGGUUGCACCCCCCUAAACUCCCCCGACCUCAUUCCCUCCGCCCUAACAACACAAUCCACCCUCCUCUCCCUCUCAAAAAAGCAACACUACACCGCCAUCCUCACCCAAUCCUUCGCCAGCACCAUCUCGAUCCCAAACACCAUCUACGCCCUGGGCUCGUCGGCCCUCCGCGCCCAGGAAACCCUCUCCUCGGACCUCGGCAAUAUCGCCCUCCCGAGCACCCAAUGGCAUAUCGAAUCCGCGCACUUGUUCAACAUCACACUCGCUGCGUUUCAGUACGCGUUUGUGGAUUACGUGAGCCCUCCUGCGCCGUUUAGCCCGGAGGAUAAGGUACCGCCGGUGCCCGGGGACUUGUACGAUUUGACAUGCGGGAUCCAGAAGGUUCGGUCGAGCGGGGAGUUUGUUUCGUUCCGAGCGGUGGGGUUAGUAGUAGUGUUUGGGGUCGGGGGGUUAGUGAUUGCGGUGAAUUUCGUGCUGGAUGAUGUAGUCGGGUACGUGAGGGGUUGGUACGGGGGGAGGGUGCAGAGGUAUAAGAGGGCGAUGUGGGCGGUUGAUGGGAAGUUGCAGUUGUUGCGGUUGGCGUAUGAAGGGAAGCGGAAUGGGGGAGUGUGGGAGGGGGUCGGGGAUGCGGUGCCGGUGACGGGGUGGGGGGAGGUUUUUGAUGUGGAGGAGUUGAGCGGGGAUGUUGAUGUUGAUGGGGAUGUUCAUGUUCAUCGGGAUGUUGAUGAUGGGGGAGGUAGUAGGGAUGGAGGAGGAGGAGGAGGAGGAGGAGGAGCGCAGGAUCAGUACCUGUUAGGGAGUUGGGGGGAGACGCGGAGGGGUGUGUAG